UGACAACCGGCCUACGUAUCAGCGUGACGGACCAAUCACAUGCCAGCAUUUAUUCCCAAUCGACUGGUAUGUGCCUUUCCAAAUAACUUCGAGACAAAAGAAGACGAGGAAAAAUCUGAUGUCAGCAAUACAGACCAAAAAGAGGGAUUUCGGUAAAAUACAUUUAACAACAAUAAAUACAAAUAAAAAAAUACCACAAGGAUUAUUGCUCAUAUUUGGGUUUUUUUUCCCAUAUGGAAAUGAAUAUCUUGCCGAGACACCACUUAGCUCAAAUACUUUUACAGUCACCCUGAAAAGUAUUUUCAAACACUAUUAUUGUGUACUGAACUGAACCGACGACGACCGUCGCCUGGCAACGGAGCUGGAACAGGUGCACAACUCAGCAGCGUCCGCAAACGCUGGCGACUGACCGAAGUCAUUUGGUUUUAACGUUCAAAAUUUUCCCAGUGAGACAAGAUACACACUUAUCUGCAAACAAUUGUCUCUGCUGCUGCUGCUGCAUGUGAACUCAAGAUGGACAUGACUGACGAAAAUGACUCUCACCAACUGAGAUAUAUGGCUACAUCACCAAACAUACCGACGGUAGGUCAACUUUAAGGUAAUGCUAGCUAGCUGACGUUGCGUUAGCAAACUCCCUCUGCGGAAAUGCUCAAAUGAAUUAUCUGAAUAAACAUUCGCCUUGGCAGAUUCCACACAAUUUUAGUUGUAUAGAAAUAUAUAUCUUUUUCAUUUUUCAUUUGUCCUGGAUAUUUAUCCGAACUGUCAUGUCACUAGCAGCUACAGCAACAACGUAAAAAAACAACAACAACAACCUAUGUUAGAGAUACAGAAAUCUACCUGUCAACAGCAAUGCUGAUUGGAUAUGGUAAUUGUCUUUCACCAAUGGAGGCAAAGCCGUUUCAAGCCCCCUUUGAUGGCUGGUUUGAUGACAAACAGUAACGUCAGCCACGACGGGAGUCGAGGCGCUAUAUUUGCACUAUAUUUGCUUAAAACACACAGAAUCUCCAAGUGAAAGGUGUUUUAUUGUCAUCACAACAAAAAUCUUUUUUGGGUCCCCUCAAAUUUCUGAGGAGGCGCCGCCUCCCUUCCCUCCCCUGGCGAGCCGCGACUGUACCUGAAGGAGACAUGGCUCAUCCCUGCUUAAAAGAAAUGGCAAGGUCCUCCACCCCACCGGCUGUCAGGAAAUUCCGCAAUCACAUCCAACCGGAACUAGGAGCAACAAGAGUGCACCCAGGCAAGGGGAAUGAUCCAGAUGUCGCCAGCACUCUUGUUCAUGGCAUUAGAACCAAAUCAGCUUUCAGUAGCAGAAGCUUGUUAAAUCCCCCCCUAAAGACCUCGUUGCAAAAUAAGUUGCAAGAGCUCAGUGACGACGUGUACGCCUCCGGUCACAAAGCACCUCUGGGCAGGUCAUAUGAUCAACGUAUGGGACUCCCUUCCUGGUAUAAUGACAGAACGACAUUCGGUGUUAAAACAAUUACCGAUGGGGCUGCGCGGGAGAUUAUUAACCCUCCAAAAACAGCUGUGGAGGUGGAGAAGAAUGCUCAGGUGGGCCACGAGGCGUAUGUCCUUAGCCACAAUGCCUAUUAUGUUGGUGAGCGGAUCGACAGGAAGUACGACUGGUAUCACUGCAGCAAAGACAGCAGAUUCGGGAUGCUCACACCUCAUUUUAAUGAUGGACGUAAUGUUGGUAAAUGUCUCUGCGGGCUCGGGGAGUCAAGGAAGUUUUGUAAUCCAAAGACUGUUUGGAAAAGAUCUGGGAACAAGGAAAAGUUGGAGCCAAAAAGCGACAAAGCGAACUGGAUGAGAAGAAAUCCCUUGAAUUUGCCGCCAGAUCACACCUUUGGAUUACUCCCACCGCUCGAUGAAUAUGGGGCUGGAGAAACAAUCCACUCCACAGGGCCAGGGCAGUACGCUAGAGGCCCAGACCCGCAGCGCAGCCUGGUCAACGCCGUGCGACACCACCUCAAGAAGGUCAAUUUCCAAAACUUCCCCUCCCUGCUGCAGGCAUUCCGACAUUACGACAAGAAAGGCAAAGGAAGGAUUGACAAAGAGGACCUGCAGGCGGUGUGCCGCCAGUUCCAGCUGGAUGUCGGCGGGCCGGUGCUGGGCGACCUGAUGGAUUGCUGUGACACAGACAAGGAUGGACAAAUAAACUUCCUGGAAUUUGCCAACUACCUCAACUGGAAGGACAUGAUGUUCAUCGACCCAAGGGAUCAACGCAUCAUAACCAACGAGAGGAAGUAUUUGUCACAAUCAGAACAGCGUCCUGCCUAUCAGGCCUUGAUUAAACCCGAGGACCUGGAGCCAGUAGAGCCAGGCAGCUCCAAGAAGACUCCCAGGACCCUGAGGCGACUCAUCGCAGACCCAGACCACUUCUUCAUCGCCUCUUCCCUUAUCGGGCCAAUCAGUGAUCGUCCACUCACUUCAAAUAGUCGCACCUAUGGGAUCCCGUCUGUGCGCUCCGACCUUGCAGUGCCGCGCAUCAAGAGAGUCGCUGACACCACUGACUACGGCGACACAUCGAGGGCCGCAGAUCUCCUGCAUCCAUCAGUUUACGCCCUCCGGGGAGUUCACGAGGAAGACUUCUUCUGUCCUCGCACCAAGGAGGAGAUUGCAGAGAUCUUCAGUAAUGUGGGUGUGAAUAUUUCAGGGGAAACCUUCGAGGAGGUCUGGAGGCUGGCGUCCAUGAGGCAACCGCAUGGGGACGUUUGUGUUGAGGAUUUCCGUGACGUACUCAAGGAAAUGAAAGCAAUGUGACACUGGGGGGGGGGAUUUUUAUCUUUACAGUGUUUCUCCACAACAGACAAUAUUUCUGCCUAAAUACAUAUCUCCGCUUUCCAGUGAAAACAAAAUAUUUCGGUUUGAUGGCAGUGCAUUUUUAACAAGAUGAGGAGAAAUAAAAUACUUAUGCAGCCCAGAUAUAUAUGACAGCUGUUGUUUUUUCAACAGUGGUAGGAUGAAACUUUCAUCAUAAGUGUUUGUUUGCUGUGUUGUUACGUUUUCACAUGACAACCAUAAUUUCUUAUAAAUCUCUAACAGCAGUAACAGUAUUUAAAGAGCAAAACAGGCAUUCCUAAUGUAAAUCACAAACUUCCUGCAUCUUAUUUCUUACAAAAAAUGGACACUUAUAUUGAUGCAUUACUUUUAUUGUCAUUAUAUUUUUAUUCAUAAGAAUGUAAGUAUCAGCCACUGGAGAUCUGAACAGACAAAGUCAGUAUUAAAGGGGCAGUAAGCUGUAAACUUUUUGUAAAAUUAGGCAACUAUUUCCCCACGGUUACGCUAGCUGUCGGUUCGUGCGCGUCGGAAUAAAACACCCGUUUCUUCAGCACAGCCCUGACUCUGUAAAUUGCGAGGUGCUAGCUACAAACGCUACAACUCAGGGGUUUUGGCCUUCUGUUUUUUUCCCUGUGGGGUCUAUUUGAGCUGGUGGGUGAACUCACUUAAUUCUGAGAGCUAUGUCUUUUGUGCUUGAUCAGUUCAUUUUAUUUGUGCUUUUCACAUACCUUAAGGCAAAUGUGUCACAUUCUAUUAUAUUGCUCAACUUUCACACUUGGUCCAGUCAAACAUGGAUGGAUGGUUUGAUACUUUAUCAUGAUCCUGGUAAUGAAUCAAUUGAAAAUACAGGAAAACAGCACUGCAUAGAACUUAUUUUAAUGGCUAACAUCAGACUAAUGUGUUUUGUCAUACAAGCCUUUAUCCGAGCUUCUUCUUGACCUAUUUUUUGGAUUAUGUUUUUUUUUUUUAUUGGAGUGCUGCCUUUUCUUUUAUGAAUUCAUGAAUUCGCUGGAAGCCACAAAGCAGUUCCUGGCAGAGCAGCCAUUAAAAAAGAAGGUUAUGCGAAGAGACAUACUGCACCUGUUACGCAUUUUUCAAUAUAUGGUUUUAUAUCUUAACCCACCACGUAUGUGAUGAUACGCUGGAUAACUGAGCUGCACCUCGAAGCUUUACGUUCUUUAUUGGGAAAAGUAGCAAACAGCUUGUUUGAUACAGUCGCUCCGAAAGCAGCCAGCGUUGGCACAAAUACAUUUCAUCGUAAUUGUUAUGAUAAUUCCUCACAGGACACUUCAUUUUUCAGGUGCAUGGAUUUGGUUAAUUAUUUAGAUACAACACAUCCUUUUGGAGAUAACAACCAGGUUCAUUUAUUUAACGUUUUGAGACAGAAGGCUGUGACUUUUACGUCUAUAUUUCAGCUAUAUUUUUUAAAUUUACUGUGACAUUUUCAUCUGCUCUUGUUGACGUUGCUCAGUCUGGACUUGCAGUGUGCUUAAAUGACUAAAAGUUUGAUUUUAACUCGAUUUCUAUUUUCAUAACGCAUUUUAAAGGCCCUCAACCAUCAUUGGUAUUCAUUAGUCAUGAUAUUAGCAGCACCACUAAUUCACUAUACAUAUACAUGUCAGUGGAUGAAAUGUUUUUUUUCCCUCUCCGUUACAUGUCUUGAUAUGGAGAAUCAAUUUUUUUUCCGAUUAAAAUGAAAGAUACAAUUUCAUGCAUAGAAGCAGCUCA